GCUAUUUCAGAAAUACUUCCCCUUCUACCCCAUUUCCUCAUCUUCCUCCGCCAAGAGACCCCACCGACACAAACCAAAGCCAUGACCUCGUCGAUUCAAAAGCGCGACAUCAUCACGUCCAGCUCGACCUCGUUCGGGCUCAAGGUCGGUGCCGGCACCGCCGCCGUGGCAGGUACCCUCGUCGCGGCCGCGCACCAGUACUCGCCGACGUUUCGCGCUCGGCUGGGGGUGAGUGGCAAGGUGGGUCUGGUCGUCAUGGCGGGCUUGUCGUCGUUCACAAUUGCCGCGGAAACCGACUUGCUGCGAGGCAGUCGCAACCCAGACAAGUACAUUUCAGACCUCCAAGGCGGUCCCGCCGCUGCCAAAGCCGAACUAUCGUCUUCCAAGUCGCUACCACUGCACCAGCAGCUGGGCAACUACGUCCACGACUACCCAUUCCGCACCAUCGCAUGCACCGCCGUGCCGAUGGUGGGGCUCAUCUUCCUCGACCAGAACCGGAACCCGAACAUCCAGUUCUCCCAGAAGAUCAUGCACACGCGCAUCUACGGCCAAGUCACGAGCGUCGUGCUGCUCCUGAGCACCAUGGCCAUGUACGAUUACAUGUCCCGUCGAGGCCGCUUUGAGUAGACUCAUAAACCGCCACUUCACUUGCAUAUACUUAUAUUUUAAAUACAUUUCUACCCUUGUUUGUCGUGCA